GCCCCGCAACUUCAAUUCCCGUUUAUUCGUCUGACGAUGUGCAACAUCCAUCCGACAGUCCUCGUGAGCAAGUCUUUGUGAACACGCCAGAAUUCUGGCAAAUCCUUCCCAUUCACAGCUCUGACUGACGCCUUUCACUAAUGACUUUGCAUCGGCGCUGUCCGAAAACCGAGACGAUCGGGUGGGGGAGUUGGAGACGCGUGACGAGAUGGAGAGCUGAGCAGGGACGACACCCCGCCCCGCUGCAACUGACUGUGCCGAAAGUGCGACGCCUCAGCGAAUGAACACCAUCAAGCCACUGACGCUUAAAAGUCUGGCGAGAUAUUAGCAAAACCCCCACCCUCGCUCGCUAUGCCGGUCUCGUACUACAACGGAGUCGAGAACAACACCCACCCGACGUGGUGGAAGGAUCCCGCGCUGCGCCGCAAUGCGCUCUGGGUGUCCCUCUCCGCCCUCAUGUACGGCGUGAAAGGUUACGACUCAGGCAUGCUGAACAGUGCGCAGGCCGUACCCCAGUUCUACCUUCAGUUCCCGAGCCUCAAGAACAACUCGACGCUCCUCGGCCUCACCACGGCAGUCAUGUACCUCCCCGGCCUGUUCCUGCCCUUUCUAGGCGCCUGGCUCGCUGACAAAGUCGGCCGCAAAAUCCCGCUCAUCAUCGCGAUCCUCGGCGCCAUGCUCACGCCCAUCAUCCAAGCGACGUCCAAGAACCUGGGCCAGUUGAUCGCCGGCCGCUUCCUCAUGGGCUGCUUCAGUUCUGUUGGCGCUGUCUCCGGCCUCGCGAUGUGCGCCGAACUCUCGCACCCUCGUUUCCGUGCCCAAGCUAUGUCGCUUCAGCUGUCGAUGUACUACAUCGGCAACAUUCUGUGCUCGUCGGUUGCGUACGCUUGCAUCACCCACAUCGGGAACAGCGAGUGGUCGUGGCGCAUCCCCUUCCUCACGCAGUCGGUGCUCCCCAUCCUCUGUCUCCCGCUGGCCAUCUGGAUUCCUCAGUCGCCGCGUUGGCUCGUUGCGCAGGGCCGCGAGGACGAGGCCCGCAAGAUCCUCGCCAACCUCCACGCCAACGGCAAGAUGGACGAUCCCCUCGUGACGAUGGAGAUGGACGAGGUUGCCAACGCUAUCGAGCUUGAGCGCUCCAACACCGAAGGGUGGAGUGCGCUGUGGCGCACAAAGGCGAAUCGCUGGCGCACGUGGAUUGUCGUGCACUCCGCCGCAGGCGCACAGCUCAAUGGAAUCGGAAUCAUUGCGUACUACCUCGUGCCGAUGCUCAAGGUCGUGGGCAUCACCGACUCCCGCCAGCAGUCGGUGCUGAUCAUCGGCAUGGGUGUCAUGAAUCUCGGCAUGAACACGGCCGCCACGUAUGUCGUCGACCGCGCCGGCCGCCGUCCCAUGUGGAUCUCGUCGACUCUUACCAUGCUCGUUUGCUUGAGCGCCAUCACCGGCCUUAGCGCGUCCUUCCAGAAGUCCCCCAACCCCGCUAUCGGCAGCGCAACAGUCGCUUUCAUUUUCCUUUUCUACUGCGGCUUCGACAUCGGAUGGAUGCCCCUCGGCACCCCAUACACCACCGAGAUCCUGCCCUUCGGCAUCCGCGCCAAGGGUAUUGGGCUUUCCACUGUCUCGACAUACGGUGCGCUCUGCAUCAACACCUUCGUCAAUCCGAUUGCGAUGUCCAAAAUCUCCUGGAAAUACUACUUCGUCUAUAUCUUCAUGUGCUGCUACCUCCUCGUCGUGGCGUACUUCACGUUUCCAGAGACGAAGGGCCGCACACUCGAGCAGAUCGGCGUGGUCUUCGGCGACCUCGACGAGGACGCCCUCCACGUCCACCGCGGUAAUGUCGACCUCGAGAAGGCGCCUGCAGACCUCCAGAUCGAGAAUAAGCCCGAUAACACUGUUGUUACGCUAGCGAAGUAGGCCACAGCCGAGGGCAGAUGAGUUAAAGAUAUGAUAGUUGGAGCUGGGAGCAAGAAGCUCAAUGUGAGCUUCGCAUGUAAUCGGGUU